AGGGUUUUUAGAGGACUUCAAUUUUCCUUUAUUUUCAAUUUUUGGUAAUUAUUAAAGCAAAAAAGUGAUGGCAGACGAAGAAGUUACGGCGGCUGCGGCGUCACCAGAGGCGUCAGUGACAAUGACCGAGGAAACUCCAGACCAGAAAAUAGGGGAAACCCUAGAAACACAAGGUUCAAUCGAAGCCACUAUCGAAUCUGCGGUUCAAGGAGGCACCGAGUCGACAUGCAACAAUAACAACAAUGCUGGAAGCUCUGUAAUUGCUUCGGAUGUUGAACGAGAGAAGACACUGGAGUUCGCAGAUGAGUUGACGGAGAAAGGAUCCAAGGCUUUUAAGGAAAAUGAUUUUGCCGAAGCUGCUGAUUGCUUCAGUCGCUCCCUUGAAAUAAGGGUUUCGCAUCAUGGUGAACUUGCAAUCGAAUGUCUCGAUGCUUACUAUCUCUAUGGGCGUGCACUUCUGUAUAAGGCUCAAGAGGAGGCUGAUCCUUUGGUUUCUGUACCAAAGAAGGACGGUGAGACUCAACAAGAAUCAAACAAAGAAGGGUCGAUUAAAAGUGCUGUAACUCCUGAAUUUUCAGUUGCUUCUGUAUCAAGUAACUCUGAACAAGAUGGCGCUGGCAAAGAUGAGGAGGAAGAUGAUGAUAGCGACACUGAUGAUGUGGCUGAAGCAGAUGAGGAUGUGGAUGAGUCUGACCUGGAUUUGGCAUGGAAAAUGCUAGAUGUUGCUAGGGCAAUUGCUGAAAAACAACAACUGGGUGACACCAUGGAGAAAGUGGAUGUUUUAUCAGCAUUGGCUGAGGUUGCUUUGGAAAGAGAGGACAUUGAAUCUUCACUCAGCGACUACCAGAAAGCUCUAUCCAUUUUGGAACGGCUGGUUGAACCAGAUCACCGCCAAAUAGCUGAACUAAAUUUUCGAAUAUGUAUGUGUUUGGAAAUUGGCUCAAAGCCCCAAGAAGCAAUUCCAUACUGUCAGAAAGCCAUCUUGGUUUGCAAGUCUCGAUUGCAGCGGCUCACAAAUGAAGUAAAGAUUUCCUCAGGAUCAGCAUCAUCUUCGGCUGCCUCUGAAUUGGAUGAUGGUGUACAACAGUCCUCAAACGGCUCUCAGACUGUUAAAUCUGUCAAAGAUAAAGAAGCAGAAGUUGAAACACUUGCUGGACUUGCUGAAGACCUGGAAAAGAAGCUUGAAGAUCUACAACAGCUGGCCUCCAACCCAAAGUCAAUUAUUGCAGAAAUCCUGGGAAUUGCAACUGCAAGGGCAAGGGGCAGUGAGAAGAGUGCAUCUCCUGCUGCGGUUAGCUCUUCACAGAUGGCUACUGCUAACAGUAAUGGUCAUUUUGAUUCUCCCGUUGUUUCCACUGCUCAUACAAAUGGGGCUGCUGCAGUCACACAUCUUGGCGUUGUAGGAAGAGGAGUGAAGCGCGUUACAGGAGCAGUAGAAUCGAGCUCAAUAAAGAAACCUGCAAUUGACCCAUCAUCUGACAAAGGAGAUGGCAGCAGUGCCUCUUGAUGCUUUUGGUCAUAGAUUUUGGUGAUGCUUGCUUAGUUAUUCCCAGCACAAAUUAGUUGUCAUUGGCGUAUGCUGUUGAACCGUAGCACUACAAUGCUUGAUGUGAAUGGAUUUUUCUCUAGCUGCUAAACUUAUUCUGCUUAUUACUGCUAUCUGUAAUGGUAAGCUAAAGUUUAUGUUCCAGUGUCCUGUAUCCGUAACUGACCUAUUCUGAAGAACAAACUCUUUCUCUAAUGGCAUUUGGGUUGGUAUUUUACCUUUUAUCUUGCAAAGCUCUCAUCUAGUUUUGUAUCCAACAUGCAACCACAGUUCAUGAAUGGUAGAUCAUGUGAAAAUUUUGGGACAGUUGCAAUGAACUGAUGAUCGUAUCCCUCCAUUUGGAAGCUGAUUGGAAUUUGUGAUGCCAUGAUCAUAUGUGGAUUUAUUCUUUGUUGCUAUUGGUGAAAAUCUAUUAAACAGUGCCAAGCUUUUUAAUUCAUUAAUCUCCCUGGUUGACAUUUGAAGUGAUUGGACCAAUUGCUUAACUCUAUCAAUUCU